UUUCAAGAGCCCGGCGGAGAGCUGCCGCGCGGAUGCUGCAUGCCGGAGGGCGGUGCAUCAAACCCAGAUGAGGAAGAGGAGCAGAGCGCCGUUGCUCCGCGUAGAUCUGCGCACCCGGCCGGCCAGUACGCGUGCUGCGUUGGGAACGGGAGCGCCGGGCUGCAUUCCGCACUCUCUCGCCGUCACCCAUCACUCCAGAUUCAACUUGUGAGCAAACUUGUCGGGAUUGUUUUGAUCAUAUGAGAGGAGGAGAGCGAGGGCGACGAAGGUGAAACAGCGAGGGAAUGGAGAAGCACGAAGGGCUGGACCAGCUCCUGGUGGAGCUCCACCGCUUCCUGCUCAUUCUGGACAAGGAGACCCUGAGUGGGAACGCCACCGUCCAGAAAGGCUUGCUCUCUGAUCUUCUCCAGUCCUACAGUGCAGCCAAUGGUGCUGAUGAAGAGUACAUCUACAUGAACAAAGUCAUUGUUACUGAUGACAGAUCAGAUGCCCUGGUCAAUGGAAAAGCAGCAAAGUAUGUCCCGGUUCCACAGAAGAGCCUCCCCAACCUCCCGCCCCCCAGAGCAGGUGUGAUUGGUCGGGAGCCGUUCCCUCUACCUGCCGUCCCUGCUCCAGCCUGUACAGACAACUCAGAGAGUUACUACGAGGAGGCUCAGCCCUACGAGGAGACGUUCAAUGAUCUGGACUGUUUUGGCCUCCUCUCAGGGCCCUGGAUGCGAGUGCACAGCUCUGACAGUGUGGUCUAUGCUGUUAUCAACAGGGAUGAUGGGGAUGCCGUGAGCAGUUCAUACGAGUCCUACGAUGAAGAGGAAGUGACCAGAGAAAAGUCAUCGUCGGCGCAGCACCAGUGGCCGUCAGCGGAGGCGUCCAUCGAGCUCAUGAAGGACGCUCGUAUCUGUGCCUUCCUGUGGAGGAAGAAGUGGCUGGGUCAGUGGGCCAAACAGCUAUGUGUCAUCAAAGACCAUCGCCUGCUGUGCUACAAGAGCUCCAAGGAGCAGACACCGCUGCUGGAUGUGAGUCUGCUGGGCUGCAGCGUGGUCUACAAGGAGAAGCAGCUGAGGAAGAAAGAGCACAAGCUGAAGGUCAUCCCGGUGGGAGGGGAGGCCAUCGUGCUGGGCCUCCAGAGCAGGGAGCAGACGGAGCUAUGGCUGAGGGUGAUUCAGGAGAUCAGUCCCAGGCCGGCUGAAAACUGUGACUCGCAACAACACUGUGCGUCCGACUCGCCGAGGCUCAUCUGUUCAAAGGGAGAACUGAGUGAGAGAUACUCAGUGGCCUCAGAGAGCGGCAACAGCACCGACAGCCAUGCUGAGACUCCCGAAAACAAAGAUGUGAAGAAAAAAUAUGGUGCAGGGUUGAAGUUCAGCAACCUCAUGAACAUCGGCAAGAAAAAACUCUCCUCGUUGGAGAGUCCAGAGAAAUGUGUGGACACCUCAGGCUACCUCAACGUGUUGGUGAACAGCCAAUGGCGGACCUGCUGGUGCCUUAUAAAGAACGGACAGCUCUGGUUUUACCAGGACAAGGGCAAGAACAAAUUAAGCCAGCCAGCUGUGACCCUGGGGGGCUGCAGCGUCCUGCCCGACCCCAGCCCCGAGCACCUGUACUCCUUCAGGAUCAACAUGGAGGGCACACAGCUGGCAACCCUCGAGGCUAAGACCUCAGUAGACAUGGGCCAUUGGCUGGGCCUCUUGCUGUCGCAGACGGGGAGCAAGACGGACCCCGAGGAGCUCGCGUACGACUACGUCAACGCCGAGAGGAUCUCCAGCAUCGUCAACGCCGCCAAGACUUCCUUAUCCUUGAUGCAGAGGAGGUAUUCAGAGCCAAACGCCUACAUCGACAGUCCACCCUCCAUCACUCACAACUCUGAUGAGCUGUAUGAUGAUGUGGCGUCGAUAGCUGAUCCAGAGGAUGCUGAAGAGAGCGGCCUGCCAGACGGCGAGGACAACAAUCCUCAGGAACGUAAUGAAACAUGCGCACAGGACACCGAGGACUCGGCGGGGACGGAACAGGACGCUGACAACCGGGUCUACCUGGACCUCAUCCCCGUACGCUCCUUCCUCCAUACGGCCGGGGGGAGCAAAGCCCCCGCCAGAGAAACUCCGAGCCAUUCCCCAGUAGAAGAGGAGAAGGACCCGUCUUCUCAAAUGAAAGAGGUCAUUUCAACUAACCGUACUGAGGCAACACCGCCCGUGUCAAAUGGAACAAGUUCAACCUGCGUGACCAGCAAACCAGAACACGAGAAACCCCCGACUCCCACUCAAAACCAACCGGUCAAGACCUUGUCCCAAAGCCAGGAGACCCCCAAGAGGAUCAGUGCGGGAAUCCCACAGGCCUUCAGCCCCGCCGGGGUCCAGAUCAAUAAAGGUCCCACGGUUUCUGCUGUGCUCCCAAGCAGUCCUCACCCCCUGCGGCCCAAAGCACACACCAUGGGGUGUCCCGGUGUCGUCGAGGUGAAACUAGGCAAGAACCGCACGGAGGCGGACGUGCGGCGCUACAUCGAUGAGCGCGACUGUCUGGAGAGAGAGAGGGAGGAGGUGAGGAGCAGUCUGGCGAACCUGAAGAAGGAGAGGAGGGAGAGCAAAGAGGAGCUCGGCGCCUGCCAAGACCCCAAGCGGCAGGCCUCGUUGGAAGCCUGUUUGAAGCACAAGGAGGAGGCGUGUCGGGACGCGGAGCGUCGCAGGGUCGAGGUGGAGCUACGGCUGAUGGAGGUGAAGGGAAGUCUGAAGAAGGUGGAGUCGGGGCCUUUCACGCUGGGAACCACACUGGACAGCAGCCUCCAGGACACGCCAACGCCAAAAGCAGCAACCCUGCCUGCUGCCCAGACAUCUUCAUCAUCGUCAUUAUCAUCAUCAUCAUCGCAACCUUACAACAGCAACGUCGGUGCAGACCCAGUCAACUCUGCCUCUGCGCUGAAGAGCAGACCCGCCUCCAUCAUGGCCACCAAAGGCAAAGUGCUGCAGAAAGCUAUGGAGUGGGAGAAGAAAUCCUCCUCCUAGAGGAGAAACUUGGAUGCCCUUUGACCUCUCAAAUCCACAAAUGUUUCUUGGCAACAGGAACCGUCGCGUUCCCAGAGCGGACACGACGUUCUCCCUCAGCCUCAUCGCGUCCUUGCCAAGACGAUAAAAGGCCAAUCAGAGAGAUGCUCAAGCCGCCGUGUCCAACAGCUCUGGAUAAUCCUAGUUUCAAUGACUCUUCAUGUUGUUUUUCUCUAUCUGCUUGAGGGAGAACAUCCAUGCGGGAGCAUUCUGACCAGUCUAACAAUUGAUCUUGUGAUCUUGAUGACAGAAAGACACCCCUCAACUAAAUUGUGUACACUCUAGAUUGUAGCUUGGUUCAUAUAUGCUGGUAGCCAAGAUGUAAAUAUAUUGACACCGUUAUUCAGCCUCAUUUGGUUGUAUUGCUAGCUAAACAUGCACUUUUUAUUCAAAUAAAAAUGUACUGACAACAA